GGCUUACUCUGUUUGGCCGAGCCAAUCACAGAAUAAGAAAACACAAGGAUCCAACUGCAAAGCACGAGUUUCCACUCGAUUUCUAGCUUCAAAGAGACUCUAUCUACCGCAGUAUCCGCUAGCGGAGCCUUCAUUAUAUAUGAUGGACAUGCAUGAUGAGCAUCAUCUUUGCAAUAUUCAAAGAAGGAGCGCCAAAUGAAAUACCCCUCCAUCAGUACCUAAGAAAUCUCCCUCUAUUCUCCAAAAGUAUGAAGUGGUGGUGGGUGCUUUGUUUUCUUGCCCUGUGUCUUCUCUUCCGAUCCGGACUCUCCCAAACCGUGGUGAAGUCUCUUCCUGGAUUGCCCGGAGACCUCCCUUUCUAUCUCGAAACCGGAUACAUUGGAGUGGGGGAGUGGGAAGAUGUUCAACUGUUCUAUUACUUCGUCAAGUCAGAAAGGAGUCCGGAAGAUGAUCCUUUGGUGCUGUGGCUCACCGGCGGCCCCGGUUGCUCCGCUCUCUCCGCGAUCUUGUACGAGAUCGGUCCAUUUACGUUCGACUACGACAAAUCUACUAGAGACAGACCAGCUUUAAAAUUGAAUGAAUAUUCAUGGACAAAGGUGGCGAACAUCAUAUUCCUAGAUCAGCCUGUUGGAACUGGAUUCUCCUAUGCAAAUAGCUGGGAAAGUUACAAUAUAAACGAUAAUAUUUCAGCCGCUGAAUCUUACGAAUUUCUAAGGAAGUGGCUUAAGCUCCAUCCUGAGUUUCAAAGCAACCCACUCUACAUUGCUGGGGAUUCUUACUCGGGUAUCAUUGUUCCAAUGCUCACUCUGCAAGUUGAUGAAGGAAACAUUGCCGGUUUGAAGCCUAGAAUGAAUCUCGAGGGCUACUUGCUCGGAAACCCUGCAACAAAUAUAAGUAGUGACAGGAAUUCAAUUGUCCCAUUUGCACAUUUGAAGGGUCUUUUAUCUGAUGAGCUAUAUGGGUCGGCUAAAAUUGAUUGUAAUGGCGAUUAUUUCGACGUUAACUUAAGCAAUGCUGCAUGUGUCAAUGACCUUGAAGCAGUGACCAAGUGCCUAGAAAAUAUAUAUGAAGCAAACAUACUCGAACCCAAUUGCCUGCUUAUGGCUCCGAAAUCGACGGUGGGCCGGGCGUGGGACUCCAGCUUGAUAAUUGAAGACCGUUCACUUCUCCUUCUUCCCACGCCGGGAGCUUCCCGAGUUUGGUGCCGGAGUUAUAACUAUCUAUACUCAUAUAUUUGGGCUAGCGACAAAGCGGUUCAAGAUGCUCUUCAUGUCCGAGAGGGGACAAUUGAGAAGUGGGUAAGGUGCAAUGAGACUUUAUCUUACACAUACACUGUCUCAGAUGUCAUUGACAUCCACAAGGACCUCAUAAAAAGGGGAUAUAGAGCUCUUAUUUAUAGUGGUGAUCAUGACAUGGUUGUUCCAUAUGUGGGAACAUUAGCUUGGAUUGGAACACUGAAUCUGACAAUUUCUCGUGAUUGGGAAGCAUGGUUCGUCGAUGGACAAGUUGCUGGGUAUACUACGUUAUAUUCCUACUUCCCAUCCCUUUUAACGUAUGCAACCGUCAAGGGAGGGGGACACACAGCUCCAGAGUACAAGCCCAAAGAAUGUUUUGCGAUGAUUAAUAGGUGGUUUGAUUAUUAUUACCUUUAG